AUGCCAUUGAUUAAUUCAAAUCGAUUACUUGUCAUUGCACUCUUACUACUUUUAACAUCGUGUUCAUAUAUACUUUACAGUAGACAUUUGUAUCUAACAACUUAUAGAAAGUUUAUUAUCGAACCUUCUCCAUCUCCAUCCUCUUCAGAUAAUAAUACAACCAAAACAUACAAUUAUAAACAUAAUUGUCAAAGUGAUAGUAAUACUUUAAAUAAUAAUCCAUUACAAUCAAUAUUUGAACAACCAAAUAGUUGUGAAAUAUUAAACGAAAAGGAAGAAGAAUCAAUGAGAUCGUUACGAAACUUGGCAAUGGAAUUGAUGAAGGAGGAGACUCCUUCUCGUACCAUUGAAGCACUUAGAAAAGAAUAUGGAAAAUACUAUAAACUAAAGCCAGAACGAUUAAACAUUCAACAUCAAAGUUCCUUUCUUCAAACCGAACUCGAUCAAGAGACCUACGAAUUUGUCAUGACUACUCCACGUUGGAACUCUCUCACCAAUACUCUCAACUCUUUGUUGAGCUUUUUCUACACUAAAACAGAUUGCAUGGGUUAUUUGGGAAUGGGUAACAUGUUUAUUCUAUCAACCGAUCAAUAUGGUCAAUUAUUUCAAUUAAAUUAUAAUAACAAAACAAAACAAAAUAUAAUUAAUAAUAAUAAUAAUCAAAAUAAUAAUAAUAUAGAUAAUAAUAAUAUAGAUAAUAAUAAUAUAGAUACAACAUCAGAUAUACUACAAAUGUCAAUGAAUAGUUGGGAGAAUCAAUUACCAUUGGCAAAUAUAACAAGUAGUUAUAUUAAAUUUGGAAGUUUAUUGGAUGUUGGUAGUGGGUGUGGAACUACGACGUUACAAUUGAAACCAUUGUUUAGAGAGGUGGCUGCUACAGAGGCAUCGGUUGGUAUGGUUUAUAGUCUUAGAAGAAAGGGUAUAGAUGCUUACUAUUGUACAGAUUUGGAUACGUUGGAAGAGAUUCGUGAUCGUCAGUUUGACGUCGUGUCGUGUCUCAAUGUGCUCGAUCGUUGCGAGCGUCCACUUUCACUACUUCGAUCAAUGAGACGAUUUAUAAGACCAGAUGGCAGACUCUUACUUGCCACUGUCUAUCCAUUCAAACCAUACGUAGAGUUUGGAGGCAACGACAACAAGCCAUUCGAACUAUUAAACAUUACCAACAAUUCUGUCGAGGAAUUUAUCAGUUCCAUGGUCACCGAAGUAUUGGAACCAGAGGGAUUCAAAUUACAAUCAUUCACCAAAGGACCUUAUAUUUCAGAAGGUGAUCAAUAUUAUGCCAACUAUGUUCUAGUUGACAUUGUUUUUGUCCUUACCCUCGGAGAUGACCCUAUUAUUCGUAGUCAAUCAUCUCUUGACGCUUCUACUUCUUCUUCUUUACCUCCACCAUCAGCAUCAUCAUUAAUGACUGAAAGUGAUAAUAUCAAAUAA